AUGGCUGCUAAAAUAUCAUUCAUCAUUGUGCUUGUCCUUCUUGCGCUCACAGCUGACGUCUGGUCACAAUUCUAUGGAUUUCCAUGCAUGUACUAUGGAUGUGGCUUUGGCUAUGGUUUUCCAUGGUUUCGGAAAGCGUGA